UUCAUAAUCAAAAUAAUUUUAAAAACUAAGCUAAUUAAGCCAGUGGAAAGCUUCGAAAACAGCUUCGCACACAUUUCCUAAAAACUUGUCUCCCACAUCUUCCUGUGUUUUUGCCUUUUUGGUGUUCGCCAUUAGUUAUAUGUUUUCUUAAAUUAGUUUCUUCAAACGUUGAUUAAGGGUUAAUUAAUCAACCCUCACUACCGACUAGAGCAGAUCAAGCAGUCCGAUCAUAUAUAUAUAUAUAUAUAUAUAUAUUUAUGGGGGCAAUAACGACGACGACCACGAAUAAUGAAUUUUGGAGGAUUUUAAAGAGUCCAGUGUUUUAUUCGAUGCUUGGAGUUGUAUUCUUCGUUUUGUACUAUUCUUCACCCAACAAUAGCCGGCACUCUGUAGACUCUCUGCAAAGUUUCCGGCGUGCGUUCUACGGCAAUGUCACGGUCAAAGACGAGUAUUAUGACUUGAGGAAGGUUCUAGAGGCGGCUUCAACCAAGGAGAAAACAGUAAUUUUGACAACUUUGAACGAAGCAUGGGCCGAACCAAACUCCAUAUUUGAUAUGUUCUUAGAAAGUUUCAGAAUUGGAAACAAUACAUCUCACCUUCUCAAUCAUCUGCUUGUUAUAGCAGUCGACGACAAGGCGUAUUUUCGAUGCGAGGAAUUGGGUUUCCAUUGUUAUUAUCUCAAGACUAACCAGUCAUCUAAGAUGGCUCAUGAAGCUAAGUUCAUGACUCCCAUUUAUUUGGAGAUGAUGUGGGGAAGACUUGCUUUCUUGCAAACUAUUUUAAGCUUGGGCUACAACUUUGUCUUCACGGAUACUGAUGUUAUGUGGUUGCGAGAUCCAUUCCCACAUUUCACUCUCGAUGCAGACUUCCAAACCUCAUGCGACCGUUUCAACGGAAAUGAAUACGACAUACAAAACUCUCCGAACAACGGAUAUGUUUUCGUAUGGUCUAACAAUCGAACUAUCCAAUUCUACGAUUUCUGGGUUUCUUCAAGACACAAAUACCGCCGAUGGAACGAACAAGAAGUUUUUAACAAGAUAAAGAACGGUAAUUUCGUAAGAAAACUAGGGGUGAAGCUAAGAUUCAUGGACACAGAUUAUUUUGGUGGGUUUUGCGAAAGAAGCAAGGAUUUCAACAAGGUUUGCACAAUGCAUGCUAAUUGUUGUUUUGGGUUGCACAACAAAAUAGCUGAUCUUAAUACUACACUUGAGGUUUGGAAAACUUAUUUGUCCUCAAACAAUUACACAACACCACAACCUUCAAAUUGGAGGGUUCCAAUGAAAUGCCUUCAUUAAUUAGUUAGGUGUAUAAGUUUUCUUCUCUUAUAUGAAUUGAUGUGUCACUUUAUUUUUUUUGAAAAUUAUAGUGUAACUAAUUAAAUUAUACGAGUACAUAAAUUGUAGUACGUAUCUCCACAGUAGUUAUGAUUCAAUUGCAUGUUCAAAGUAACGAGCUUUUCAAGGA